AUGAUUUCUAUCAUGCAAGACUAUGGAGAAGUUGUUUGUUGUGUGGGGAGUUCGUUUAAUUCGGCCAACCCUGCUAUAUUUAUCCAAGCAGACAUAAGUAUUGCAGUGGAACCGCUCUUCCCUCAGCUAUGCUUAAAAGGCCUACCAAAAGAUUUCCGAUCAGGAACUCCGAAACUUGGACAUGAAAAUACUAGAGAAAAACUCCAUAGAAGGUUCAGUGAUGAACAGUCCACUGAGGAAGAAAGUGAGCUUUCUCCACUUGAGCUGAGUGCAUUUCUUAAUGCCCUGCCAUGUUCACUGGCAUUCCACAGAGAUGCAAGUUUUGAAUUUAAGGAUCUAAUAAAAGAGGCACGCCGACUGUGCUUUGGACUCAGAAACUGCUUUUCCUUUAUGCUUUCCUGUCAGUUAGUACUAUCUGCCGUGAUGUUCCUAUCAUCAUGUUUUCUCCUUCCACCACCCUUCACAGGCCUUCAUCUGCUGUGGUUGUCUUGCCUUAUAGUCCCCCUGUUGAGUCUGUCUUUGAUUGGUUCACCAGCUGAUCAAGGUCUCAUGACAAUGAUAACAGGCAAAAAUGACAGAAACUUCAAAGAUAUCACACAUACAGUUUGCUUCUUCUUCAGUGUGUGUUUUGUUCCCUCCAUUUGUAUCUGCUGUUUUGUUCUUUUCCCUUUAAAUCUUCAUGGAAUUUGCUUGUCUCGGAACCAGAAAUCUACCAGCUGUCACUUCCUCUUUGGAUUCAGGAACAGCACUGAACUCUGGAAUGGUUUAGGACAGAGCCACAUUCAAGCCUUAGCCUUGGCUCAAGAUAUCAAUGUAUUUUUUCUCGUUCUUCUUUUUGGUAUGUUUGUAGUUUAAGAGAGCUAUUGGAAGCCUUAGCGUAAUAAGAACUUACUGUAAGAGCUCUAAUUUGAGGUAGAUAGUUUUAACGUUUUUUAUCUAUAACUUGUGUGUUAAGGUUGAGUUUAUCCAAAAGCCUCAUUUGCUUGCUUUGGAUAUCUGUCAUUUCCCUGGGUUUUUACAUUUCUCCGAAUUUGGGCAUGUCAAAGAUUGUCUUUGUAAGAUUAGCGCACUGGUCACUUUCUGUUCCAGCUCUUUUAUUUAUCUCUUUGAUAUAUCAUACCAGUGAUUAGAAAAUUGAUGCACAGUGCACAGGUAUCAACAAGUUGAGACUUCCUGGUAUCACAGCAGCCUGGGUUAAACUGUCCUCCAUAACUGUUUAUUUUUUUUUUUAAUUUUUCUGAAUGUACAACAUUUUUCCAGUGGCAAGAUCUAGGGGGAGAUUCUGGGGUCGACUCUUUAUUGCAGUAACUCAAGAAAAGACACACCUUUACUCUGCCCCCUGCUCCUCUAUUUCAUUGUCAAGCGUUUUUAAUGUUAAAACAUUUCGAGACUGUUACAAACUCUGGCUGACUCUAUGCUAUAUCCAUACAUUAUAUUACAUGCUUGCAUACCAUCAAUACAUUACUUACUAUACAUAAUUAUAUGAUUAAGCCUUCAAUAACGUUGUUACAUGCACAUAUGACUAGGUGUACAGCCAUGCCAUUACCUCUAUGUUUGAGCAAGAAAGAAUCAGUC